UUUGCGGCAUGCAAACUGCACGCGAAAGCUCAAGAAUCAUGUAGAAAUAGAAAGCUUGAUCCAGUUAAAAACACUGAAAAAAAAGCGGUGAAUACAUAAAUACCAGGUUAUUUCCACAGUAAGAAUGGGCCAUCGACUUGACAAUGUGAUGAAGUUGUGUUGUGAGCUGUCUGCCAAUCAGCAGAUCAAGACCACAGUGAAAGGUUCUGGGAAGGGAGCAGCAGCUGCAGGUGGACUCGCUUUCGCUGGAGGCUUAAUGGGGGGUCCCCUCGGUAUUGCUGUGGGUGGUGCAGUGGGUGGUCUCCUUGGCUGCUGGCUGACCAGUGGGCAGUUCAGGCCGCUUCCACAGAUCAUAAUGGAGCUCAGCCCUCAGCAGCAGCAGAAGCUGUAUGAUGACCUCAUGGAGAUCCUGGGAGAUAUUCAGUGGACCGACCUGGCUCAGUUAACUGCUCUGGUGAUGGGCAACUCCAUGCUGAAGCAGCAGGUCACGGCGGCUCUUAUCGGAUACAUCUCUAAGGAGCUCCAGGCUGAGGUGCACUAUGUGGAUUAGUGUCCAUCUAAAAACUGAAUGGGUUGACCCAAAGUCUUACAGGCUCAGAGGAAUGGUACCAUGAAGAAAACUAUGAACUGUUGCUAAGAAUGUAAAAAUACAGCAGUGCCAACACAAUCAUCUUUUGUCAGUAAUAAACCAGUUAGCACUUUGCUAUAAAAACUGUGCUGUAUGUUUUGGGACAAAAAAAAAAUCUACAGUUUUUAUUAUUUAUUAUGCCUUUGUCUGCACUGAAGAGACUAGUCUGGCUUUAAAUGUAAUGGGGAAAUUAUGGCUUGACGAACAUAAUAAUGGGAAACAUCACUAUGUACUCAUGUGUUUAACCAGUUCAUUCAUAUUUUUUUCCUUGGUAGUUAAUAGUUUUUCUAAAUCAUGGAGUCAAUCAUAAAAAUGCCCAUAUCUCAAGAAUACAUUGUCAGGUGCUUCUCAAUAUAUCGCAAUAUUAUUAAAAGACAAAUGGAUUGCAAUGAAAAAGGUAAUGAUGAAUACUCAUUACAUCACACAGGGUGAUGUAUUUCAAGUGUUUUCAGUUGUUUUCUGAUUGGUGAAAAUCUAGAAUUUCAUUUCUGAGGAAAUUAGAACAAAAAAAUAGGACCAGUUUAAAAUAAUUUUUAAUACAGAAAUGAUGUGGACUAC